UAUCAUGUGCUAUAUACUUCCAACGUUUCCCGCAACGGCACUAAAAUCGCAUUGUUCCGAUUUUCCAUGAGUUUUCCGACAUUUUCAUUCUUGAGUUUGAUCUCCUUCUUUUUAUUCCGUAUUCAAGACGCUUCCUUAGACACCGCCAUUACUUCAGGUGCAGCGUAGCAUAAUCUACGCGUAACGGUAUUUUGUGUUUCAAUCAAUUCCUGCACAAUUUUGCAAUUUGUUGACUCAAGUACUCCUGACGAAUGAACGCUACAAUGGAUAUAGGAGAUUGUGACAUCAAGAUAGACUUCGAUGGCACUCGCAUCCCUUUGAUGGUAGCUACUAGUGCAGGAUACAUAGAUAUUGUAUCAUGCUUGAUUACUCACGGGGCUGAUGUUAACGCUCGAUCUGCAUCAUGUAACACAUAUCUCAUAUAUGGAUGCGCCGGACAUGAAGAAAUUGUACGUAUCUUAUUAGACUCAGGUGCUGAUGUUGAAGAUCACACUGAAGACGGUCAUACUCCUUUAAUGGUAGUAGCAAGUGCCGGGCAUGUAGAAGAAGUUGUACGUAUCUUAUUAGAUUGGGGAGCUAAUGUUGAUACAAUGAAAACGGUCGUUUCAUGGACACCUUUAAUGGAAGCAGCAGGCGUGUAAAUAUCGUGUCGUUGCUGAUAGCUCACGGAGCUGAUGUUAAUGCUCAAUCUACAUCGGAUGACACAACUCUCAUAUACGGAUGUGCUGGUGGAUACGAAGAAGUGGUACGCGUCUUAUUAGACUCGAGUGUCGAUGUUGAAGAUUAUAAUGAGAACGGCCAUACACCUCUGAUGGAAGCAGCAAACAUCCGCCGGGCAAGAAUCGCCGGGC